UCUCUCUCUACAAACAUUAGAGUUUCAUACAAGAACAAGAGUAGCAAAUAUGGCGGCCGCGGAAGCUCAUCCGCCUCCUACUCCUCUGCAGGUUACUUCGCUUUAUGUCGGAGAUCUUGACCCCCGAGUGUCUGAAAGGGAGCUCUACGAGGCCUUCACUAGCCUCUCCGGUUCUAUUACCUCUAUUCACCUUUGCAGGGAUUCCUCCGGGAGAUCCCUUAGAUACGCCUAUGUCAACUUCAUUUCCCAUGAUAAGGCUUCAAAGGCCUUAGAUUCUCUAAAUCACACAUACUUGAUUGGGAAACCAAUGCGGAUCAUGUGGUCGCAGAAAGACCCUCUACCAAGAAAAAGUGGAGUCGCAAAUCUCUUCGUUAAGAACCUCGACCACUCUGUAGACAGUGCUGGCUUGCAGGAGAUCUUCAGCAAAUUCGGUAAUAUUCUUUCUUGCAAGGUGGCUGAGGAAAAUGGGCAAAGUAAGGGUUUUGGGUUUGUUCAAUUUGAUUCAGAGGAAUCUGCCCUAGCUGCUAUCAAGGCUCUUCAUGAUACUCUACUUCAUGGGAAGAAACUAUACGUAUCUAAAUUUAUCAAGAAGAGCGACAGGCAAAACACAUGCGAACUCAAAUAUACAAAUCUAUAUGUGAAGAAUCUGGAUCACGAUUUGACUGAAGAUCUUCUUCUUGACAAGUUCUCUGACUUUGGGAAGGUCUGCAAUGUUGUGAUCAUGAAAGAUAAUCAAGGGAAAUCAAAGGGCUUUGGGUUCAUAAAUUUUGAAUCAGCAGAAGAUGCUAAAAAGGCUGUGGAGGCCAUGAAUGGUGCAAAACUAGGAUCAAAAACCCUUUAUGUAGGAAGGGCUCAAAAGAAGGCUGAACGGGAGAAGAUUCUAAAGCAUACGUAUGAGGAGUUGCAAAAUAAACAGACUGACAACAUGAAGAAUUCAAACGUAUAUGUCAAGAAUCUUGAUGUGUCUGUUGAUGAUAGCAAGCUUCAAGAACUUUUCAGUAGCUGUGGUAAAAUAACUUCAGCAAGAGUGAUGCACUAUGACGAUGGGAGGAGCAAGGGGUUUGGCUUUGUAAGCUUCUCCACUCCUAAGGAAGCAAAGAAAGCUUUGAAUACACUUAAUGGAAAAAUGUUUGAAGGGAGGUCACUCUAUGUUACCAUGGUUCAAUGCAAGGAAAACCAUCGUACUGCAUCUGCAUCGCACCUUCAAUUUGCCCAACAUCCUUCUGGAUUUUUGCCCUCUUCUGUCUCUAAUUUUGCUCCUGAAUUACUUCCAACCCUUCAUGGUGUCUCCUACAAAAUGUCACAUCAGCCGAUUAUGUAUCAACAAAUUGGUAUGAAUAUGGCUGCUCUGUUUACCCCUAAAGAACAGUACUACGGAACAAUGCUUCCCACGUCGUUUCAGUGCAAGCAAACACAGCAGAGGCAAACCAUGGGCCCAUCAAUUCUUCAUGCUCCAUAUGAUCCUUAUUUGCUUUCUGGCAUUCAACCCAUUACUACACUGCAAGGGAUUCAGAAACAACCUGCUCCUGCAACUACAAAUAUCCCUUAUGAAGAGCUGAAACAUGGGGCUUCUGAGAAUCAGAAACCGCACUUGUCUGAGAAAGUGAGGAAGAAAAGCAACUUCCGUGUAGAAACAGUAUUCGAAGAAAAAAGGAAGAUAAAAAGUCUGGUUGAUGCUACUGAUCCUUGGAACCACAAACAGGCUGAUAAAGGAGUUCGAAUGCUGAAGCAGGGAAAUGCUCGGGUUGGUUUGGGCUGUAGUGGAGCUUUGCAAGAUACCACCUCAUCACGGUGCUGACCUAAGGUCAGAAGUGACAUACCGAAUUCCACCCUCUACUGUUGUAUUCCGAUUGUCAGCGACUUCUGGCGACUUUGCUGUUUCCAUUUUGACUCGUUCGUUUUGGUUUAUUGUUUUGUCUAAAGGGGACGGAUACCAUUGUUCAGUUACGUUACAGUAUCAAAUGUAUCAUCAUA